AUGGCGUUCAACAUGAUGUCGAAACUGCUACUUUGCCUCGCCAUCACCAUCUUCUGCGCCACUCCCAUCUCAGCACAAACAGCCACAACAGCACCCCGAACCCUCUCCAACAGCACUUCCAGCACACGCACAAGCACUUCUCGCUCCAGUGCCUUUACCUCAAACGCACCCCCAGACGUCUACCUCAACGUCCCCGAACUCCACGUCGGCCGCAUCGAACUCACCGUCGAAAAACUAUCCGCAGACCUGAAUCUCAAUGCCAAAGUCGCAAACCUGGUGCAAUUGAAUGCGGGCGUACAGGUUGCCGUGGAGAAGGUGAAUAUCACUAUUGCAGAGGUGGAUGCAGAGGUUGAAUUGGUCAUUCGAUUGGGUGAGUUAUUUUCUUUGCCCCUUGUGGAAACUAUCUUGCUUACUAAUUUCCANGGUCACCUCGUCGAUAUCGUAGGCCGUGUCUUCGACUCCCUGGACCUCAAUCCCCUCCUCAUCUCCACGAUCGGCAAUGCAACCCAACUCGUCGGUAACGUGGUUUCCGACGUCGUCGGCGCAGUAGAUGGACUCCUCGGUUCCAUCACCCAAGGCGGCAAGACUCUCAACUUUGUCGUCGACAAUCUUGGAAACAUUGUGCAGGAAGUGGGAGGUGUGAGCAGCAUUGUUGGCGAUUUCACACGAAACAUGACGCAGACUGGAACGAGCAAAAGUGUUGGACAGGGAUUGACGCANAAGGAGUACAAAUACUCGCCGUUGAAUGCCUUGGUGGAUAUUGUCUUCAACGAGGCUGGCCAAGUCGUGCAGGCUGUGGUGCAGAAGAAGAAUGGCGGAAGCAGCAGCACUGGAAGCAGUGGAAGUGGCGCUGGGUCGAAUUCGACAGUGUCUGUUGCUCUGUCGCCAAAACACUAG